UAAGUACCGAGCUGUUGCUGGCAGGCUCGGCUCGAUUGUUUUGUUAGUGGUUUUGGGACGGGUUUUCUGUUUUUGUUUUUUUGCAGUUCGGUAGUUCUUAUUAUGCCUGAGCUGGCCAAAUCCGCUCCUGCUCCUAAGAAGGGCUCUAAGAAAGCUGUUACCAAGGCCCAGAAAAAAGAUGGUAAGAAGCGCAAGCGCAGCCGCAAGGAGAGUUACUCCAUCUACGUGUACAAAGUGUUGAAGCAGGUCCACCCCGACACGGGCAUUUCUUCCAAGGCCAUGGGCAUCAUGAAUUCUUUCGUCAACGACAUCUUCGAGCGCAUCGCCGGGGAAGCGUCCCGCCUGGCGCAUUACAACAAACGCUCGACCAUCACGUCCCGGGAGAUCCAGACGGCGGUGCGCCUGCUGCUGCCCGGCGAGCUGGCCAAGCACGCCGUGUCCGAGGGCACCAAGGCCGUCACCAAGUACACCAGCUCCAAGUGAGUCACCUGAUGGGAUGCAGCCUUCGCACGGUCUCCGGCUUCUUUGUUCCAAAGGCUCUUUUCAGAGCCGCCCAUUGUGUCAACGAAAGAAGCUGUCACUGGCCCUAUGGGUUUAAUGUGUCCCCGCUGUAUCUUCAUACUUUCUUCAAGUCUAGUGUAAGAAAACUUAAACCUUGUUUAAACACAGGUAUCUAGCUCGUUUCUGUCUCAAAUGGGAAAAGAGUUUAUGGCCGUGGAGGGUGGGGGAAAAACUUUGGGGGAGUAGGUGGGAUUCGUCCUUCGUUCAAUUGCUAUUAAAAUUGACGUUGGGUACCUGAAUUACACGUGAAGGUUCAAGUGCUCUGGUAGUUGUUUUCUAGUGAAACACGGGUUUGUGCUGUAUUAACCUUGAUAAACGUUAAGCAGGAUAAGUUACCUGUAAGAGCAAAGAAAUACGAUUCGGUUAUUCCCAAGUGGUAAGGUUACUGGGAGUGCUUAGAUUUGUUCCAUUACGUGCUCCUGUCCUGUGCACUGAAAAAGGAUAAUUUAGUUUCCUUCAUAUAUGCUGCUGACUAAUUUCUGGAGUUUGUGUCCUUAGUUCUUCAAAGCUCCUGACUUAGUUGUUCAAGUAAAGAUUCCCCAGUAAGGGAGAUGGAAUCUUGAUUUUUAAAUUUGGGAAUUAAGUGCUGGUGUCUUCUCUCUGCCGCUUCUUACAUCAAAUAGCGUGAAGCCGAACCUAAUUUAAUCAUGCAGUGAUAAUGUUUUACUCCCAAGAAUUAUCAACGGAGUUUAUCCCUUUGUAACAACCAUGUCGAGAUACAGAAGACAGUCCCGUAUAAUAGGAACAAAAUAUGUAUAAUUUCCGAAGCUGGAGUUUGGAAUGCAAAAAAAGUGAAAAUAUGGUGUAGUGCAAGCGGAAUGUGAUUGGUUUUAGAAUUUAUUUCCAGUGUAUUGGGAACCCAUUGGACUAUUUUCAGGUAGGGUUGGAUAAUAUGAGCUCAUUAAACCUUUAAACCUUUAAAAAGGUUACUCUGAUUGCUUUGGGGAUCAUGGAUCCUAGGCUGACAACAGCAGAAAACCAAAACCAAAAACCAAAUGUGUUGUUGUUGAGUCGAUUCUGACUCAUAAUGACUCUAUAGAACAGGGUAGAACUGCCCCAUACAGUUUCCACGGACUGGCUGGUGGACUGGCUGGUGGGUGCCGACUGCAGACGUUUUGGCUAGCAGCUCUUAACCACUGUCCCACCAGUGCAACAGUAAACCCACUGCUGUGGAGUCAGGCUCAUAUGACCCUAUAAGAGAAUAGAACUGCCUCAGAGUUUCCAAGACGGGCUAGUGGAUUUGAACUGCUAACCUUUAACUUAGCAACCGAGCUCUUAAUCACUGCGCUACCAGGGCUCCGACAGUGGCUCCGACAAUAGAAGGCAUCAAAUUAAGAGGCUGUUGCAGCGUUGUGAGCUGGAUGUGGUUCUUAAAAUCUGGCCUCCAGACCAACAGGAAGGAGUGCUGGUGGAGCAGUAGUUAAGUGUUUGGCUGCUAACCAAAAGGUUGGUGGUUCAAACCUACCCAGCUGCACCACAGGAGAAAGACCUGGUGGUCUGCUCCUGCAAAGGUUACAGCUUAGGAAACCUUAAGGGGCAGUUACACCUUGUCACAUGGGGUCGCUAUCCACUCGCAGGCACCUGACAGACCAGCAGAAUCAGCAUUACCUGGGAAUUUAUUAGAAACGAUAAUUCCUGGUCCCCAGCAAUCUAACAAGCCCUGGGAGUUGAUUCUGAUGCAUGCUAAAUUCUGAGACUCCCCUGGGUUUGGUUAGAGAUACCCAACUGGAGUAUGGUGAUAGCAGUGGAGACUGUGAGAAAUGGUGGGAUUUAGAUUAUAUUUUGGAAGUUGGAUCAAUAAUCUGCUGACAGGAUUUGGUUAUGAGUGAAACUCCUAACUUUUUGGCUUGAGCAACUGGGUAGAUAGCAAUGUUCGAACUAAGGAUGGACUCCUGGGAGGAGGUAUGGUUUGGGGCAUUGGAGGAGCUUCCGAUUGAAAUUUGAGAAGCUCUUUGAUAUUCAAGUGAAUAUAUUGAGUUGGUAGUUUGACUUAUCCAGGGCUCAGAAAACAGAACAAAACAUUGCCUUUAAGCACUACCUCUGAACUUUAUUUUUUCAUGUUGUCAUGAAAUUUAAUUUAGUAGUUGAUAGCCCUACAAUGUAUAUAUUUAACUAUGCAGCAUUUAUUUUUUCCUGUUUUCUCUAGUUGUAUCCUGAUUUUCAUUAAAGAAUCCACCUAAUCCCUCAUGUUAAUUGGUUCUCAAUUUUGGCCGCAUAUUGAAAUUCCCUGGGGACCUUUAACAAGUACUGAUCUUGGGUCCCACCCCCAGAAAUUCUGAUUUAAGUUUUAUGGGGUAGCCCUGUGAAGUUGCCCAGGUGAUUCUAACCCACGGCCAAGACUGAGAACCACUGCUCUACGUGUUUCUCAGAAAGCAGCUCUUAGGUUUAGGUGAUGAUUCCAACUCACGGCAAUCCCGUGUGUGUCAGAGUAGAAUUGUGCCCCGUUAUGGUUCAUUCCGGUUUGAACCCCUGAUGAGAACUUGCAUUUCUACCCCAUAUACUGAAUCAGAAUCUGCAGUUUAACAAGAUCCCCAGGUGAUUCUUAUGUAUGAUAAAUUUUGAGACCCACUGCUCUACUAGUGGUUCUCAGAGUUGGUCUCUAACCAGCAGCCUUAGCAUCACCUGGGAAUUUGUUAGAAAGGUGAAUUCUCAGCAGGGGUUCAAACCCUGGCUUAACAGGGUUUUCAAUGGCUAAUUUUUCAGAAGUACAUCUCUAGGCCUUUCUUCAGAGCGCCUCUCGGUGGUUGAACCUCCCAACCUUUGGGUUAUCCGCCAAUCGAGUGUUAAUAGUUUGCACCACCCAGGGACUCCUCAGGAUUAUACACCAAUCUAAUUAGCACAGAUAUUUCAGAAAUUGAACUGAGCAACAGUCUGCAGGAGAGUGUAGAUUGCUGAUACCCUUUGGGAAAGAAAUCUCUUUGCUUUCAAGAGGCAGUAGCUGGAUGGAAUGGUCUCUUGGUGUGAAGGCAAGAAUGGUUAUAGACAACACAUAAAGAAGGGCACAGUUGAGGGGGAUUCAGAGAACUGAGCCCCUCAUGGAAUUCAGCCAGCCUUGCAGCUUGCUGCACCUUUGGACUUCUAGUUAAGCCAUUUUGAGUAUGACAUGCUCUUUUUUAAACCGGGCUGAGUCUUGACAUAUUUGAAAUUAAUAACAAAAGGUCUCAGAGGCCAAAUAGGGUAGAUAAAGAAAUAUAAACAAUGUAAUUCUAUUAUUAGAUGUUUGAGUAGACAACUGUGGUAGGUUAAUAUGGCUUCCAAAUAUGUCCAAGUCAUAAUCCCCAGAACCUGUGAAUGUUACCUUAUGUGGCAAAAGGGACUUUGCAGAUGUGAUUUUAAGAUGGGGAGAUUAUCCUGGGAGAGAAGGAGGGGAAGCCUAGAUGUAAUCAGUCACCAGGGUCCUUAUAAGAAGAAGAAAGAAGGCCAAAGGAGGAAAAGGGUGAUGGAAAUAGAGAUUUGAAGAUGAUAAGCUAGUUGGCUUUGGAGAUGGAGGGGGGAAGGGGCCAUAAACCAAGGAAUGCUGCUCUAGAAGGUGCAAAAGGCACAGAAAUGGAUUUUUCCCCUAGAGCCUCUGGAGGCAGCUUGGCCUUAAUUUUGGUCCAGUAAAACUGAUUUUGGACUUCUGACCUCCAGAACGGUAAAAGAGUAAAUGCGUAUUUUAAAUCACCAAAUUUGUAGCAAUUUGUUAUAGUAGCCAUAGGAAACUAAUCUGAUAGCUCUGUAGGAUUUUUUUUAAUUUUGACAAUUGAAGAAACUUGAAUAUAGAAUGUAUGUUGGUUAAUAUUAUUGAGUAAAUAUUAAAUAUCUUGAGUGUGAUAAUGAUAUUGUAGUUAUAGAGGAGAAUGCCCUUAUCCUUAAGAGAGUGUUACUGAAGUAUGUAGGGAGGAAGUGUGAGGAUGUUUGCAAGUUAUUUUCAAAUGGUUCAGAAAAAAUGUGGGUGGGCACAUAAGAGGAGAGAUAAAAGCAAAUGUAGCAAAAUAGUAACAGUUGGGUAUCAAGAAAGAUGAUACAGCUUGUAGAACUUAACCAAUGUUACUGAAUUGUACAUGUAGAAAUUGUUGAAUUGAUGCAUUUUCCUGUAUAUAACUUCACCUAAAAAAAAAAAAAAAGUAGUAGUUGGUGAAUCCAGGUGAAGGCUGUACGAUUGUUCAUUGCAUUAUUUUUUUUCAACUUUUCUGUAGGUUUGAAAAUCUUUUAAAAAUUGUAAUCAAUGACUUUACAAGUUGUUAGUAUAGAAACAGUUUUUGCAGUCAUUAAUUAUUGCUGCAUUUUAAUUUUUCAAUAAAAUAAAUUUAUAUGUUAAUUAAUAUAAUUUCAACAUAUAAAACACACUGAAGAAAUUUUCAAGGAGCCCUGGUGGCACAAAGGGAUAAACAUUUGGCUGCUAACCUAAUGGUUGGAGGUUUGAACCCACCUGUGGGUUUGUGGGAAAAAGACCCGGUGAUCUGCUUCCCUAAAGAUCACAGCCAAGAUAACCUGUUAUGUAUACUUAUGUAUGUUCUCAAAUCACAUAAGCUCCUGUUUCCAAUACUGCUGUGCUUCCUACUGCAUAUGUACCACUCACUCAUAAUAUGAACUUAGAAAUAUAUAAAUAUAUAUAUAUACACACACAUACUUACGAGAUGCUCUCUAACCAGAAAAUUCUAAAUCAUUAUAGUUUACAAGCUAGGAGAAACUAUGACUAGAACUUUUCUCGCUUUAAAAACAGAAUAGUAGAAGUAUGUGGAGUAUGUGAGAUGUGUUAUAAACGAUGAAGAAAGAAAUGUAACAUGAAGUUAAAUCUCUAUAGGUGGCCUUGAGACAUCCGGAAUUAUCCUAAACAACCCCUUAAUUUCUAAAAGAUGCAACAUUAGGCAAAUGUCUGUCCUUGAAGAAAAGAUGUAACAUACUAAACAUGACAUCACUUGGCCCUUAUUACAUGAGACCAAGGCUACAAAACCGUACAUAAGCAGUAGGUUUAAGCUCAUUCCUUAAAGAGAAGUACAGAGGCAAGAGAC